AUGGUCGGGCGAAUGGAUCUUAGGGUAUUCGUUUUGCUUGUAGUGCUACUGGGGGGGUGUCAUGGUUGGAGCCACAACCACUUUGACGCCACUCCUUCCCACAAGAGUCCUUCCAACCAAUUUCCCAUUCACACGUUGAUUCUAUGUCGCCACGGAGACUCCAUUUGGAAUGGCGGAGAACCAGGUUGUCAGGAAACCUUUACCGGCUGGAGUGAUGUCCCCUUGUCGCAAAAGGGUAUCAAGGAAGCCAAGGCCACGGGAGAACAAUUGUCGGCCUUGUAUUCGUUGGGCAUUGAUGUCUGCUGCACGUCCAUUUUGAGUCGAGCCCAAUUGACGGCUCAUUACUGUUUGUGGGGAUUUGCCGAAAAACCCAACCACGAACAACCACGACAAUACGUGACGGACUAUCGGUUGAAUGAACGACAUUACGGCGCCUUGCAGGGAUUUGUCAAGCAAGACGUCGAAAAUGGUAUUUACGGACAUGACCCAAAACAAGUACGAGACUGGAGGCGAGCAUGGUAUGCCAUUCCACCACUCCUCCAAGACGAGGAUCCGCAACGGAUCCAAGAAAUACAAAAGUUCCAACAUUUUUGCGAUGGACCGGAGAAUGUACCGCGAGGGGAGUCCUUGGCCAUGGUGGCCACGGAUCGUAUUCAACCCUUUUUGGACGAACGAUUGACGCCACUCUUAAAUCAAGCUGCUCUUCGGAAGCAGCAACUAUGUGUGGACUCGUCGUCAUCCGAACAUGCUGGUGGAACUGGUUUGGUGGUGGCACAUGCCAAUUCGCUGCGGGCAUUGAUUGGGAUACUAUGUCGGGUAGAAGAGAACCCAUCCGCCUUGCAAAAGCUAGAGGCAAUGAAAAUACCCACUGGCGUUCCACUCGUCCUCAAAUAUCAGCAAACAGACGAUCAGCCAGGCAAGUAUCGAGUGCUGGAUGCAUUGGCGGAUUACACGGACGGAUUAGCCACAACAAUCAACGAAAUUCCUACAUCAUUUCAAAAUAAUGAUGCCGAUUUGCCCGUCCGGCCCUUGAGUUGCCUACCCUUUGGUGGUGGCACCCCUACCGUCUUGGCCACGGCCGCUGCAUCACCAUUGUCGCCGACAUACCCAUUGACAACAAAGAACUACAAAGAAAGCGCCGACUCGAAGAAGACAAAGGCACUAACAGCGGGUGUGGAUCAGAAGAAAGUGCUGGAGGACCAAUCAAUGCCAGUGCAAUAG